CUUCUUUGCACCUUCUUUUGAAAACGAGGCUUUGCCGUGAAAACACACCGUAUCUGCGCUCGAAAAUUGCGUGUAAAUAGCGUAAAGCUCCGGAGUUUUCCCCCCACCAAAACCGAACCAAACAAACAAUGGUCCGUAUCAGCGUGCUGGCCGAUGCGCUCAAGUGCAUCAACAAUGCGGAGAAGCGCGGCAAGCGCCAGGUGCUGAUCCGCCCGAACUCGAAGGUGGUCAUCCGCUUCCUGACCGUCAUGAUGAAGCACGGCUACAUCGGCGAGUUCGAGAUCGUCGACGACCAUCGCAGCGGCAAGGUGGUGGUGAACCUAACCGGCCGCCUGAACAAGGCCGGCAUCAUCUCGCCCCGGUUCGACACGAAGGUGACCGAUCUGGAGCGCUGGACGAACAAUCUGCUGCCGUCGCGUCAGUUCGGCUACGUCGUGCUCACCACCAGCGGCGGUAUCAUGGACCAUGAGGAGGCCCGGCGGAAGCAUCUGGGUGGAAAGAUUCUGGGAUAUUUCUUCUAAGUGUGCGGCGUGCGUGGAAGGAGCGUUGCAAACGGUUCGUACGUACGGAGCAGGCUCCCUCCUCCCACUAGCUUCAUCCAUCUCCGAGGCGGCGUUGCUUUCCAUCAACCAUCAUCAUCGCACGAAUUGGUGAUCGCAGAAGGGACGAUGAGAACGUAAACAAUCUUAUCGUCCGUGCUGGAGAGGCUUGCCCUGUACGUGUGUGAUAAGUUGCAGAUGUAAUAAACGGAAAUAUCCAAACUCAA